CGCCCGCACCCAGCGCCGGGCACCGAGGGACCGGGGACCGGCAGACCGGCAGACCGAGCGGUGGACCGACCUGUCCGCGCCCACCGAGCGGGGACCGAGCGGGCGGACCGGACAGCAGUUCCCCGGGCCGAGGCUGACCGAGGCGGAGCGGCAGCGGCGACCGGCGGAGUCCCGGGACGCUCCGCGGAGGUGGAGACUCCGGGAGACGCGGCGGCGGAGCGGCGGAGCGGGGCGGCUGUCGGCGGGCGGAGGUCCCGCUGCUAGCGAAACAUGAACAAGAACCACCGAGUGCCGAGCAGCCGUUCACUGAGCGCCGUGGAGGUGAAGAGCAAGUUUGGUGCCGAGUUCCGCCGCUUCUCUCUGGACCGGUCCAAGCCGGGCCGCUUCGACGAGUUCUACGGCCUGCUGCAGCAUGUGCACCGCAUCCCCAACGUGGAGCUGCUGGUGGGCUACGCCGACGUGCACGGCGACCUGCUGCCCAUCAACAACGACGACAACUACCACAAGGCCAUCUCCACCGCCAGCCCGCUGCUGCGCCUCUUCCUGCAGAGGAAAGAGGAAGCUGAUUACUCCGCCUUCGGCACCGACUCUCUGACCAGGAAGAAGAACACGGUGCUGUCCGCGGUCCUGCUGCGGCCCGACGCCACCAGGAAGAAGCCGCCGGUCAUCAUCAGCCUGCCCCGGGACUUCCGGCCCGUGUCGUCCAUCAUCGACGUGGACAUCCUGCCGGAGACGCACCGCCGCGUGCGCCUGUACAAGCACGGCCAGGAGAAGCCGCUGGGCUUCUACAUCCGCGACGGCUCCAGCGUGCGCGUGACGCCGCAGGGCCUGGAGAAGGUCCCGGGCAUCUUCAUCUCGCGCAUGGUGCCGGGCGGCCUGGCCGAGAGCACCGGCCUGCUGGCCGUCAACGACGAGGUGCUGGAGGUCAACGGCAUCGAGGUGGCCGGCAAGUCGCUGGACCAGGUGACGGACAUGAUGAUCGCCAACAGCCACAACCUCAUCAUCACCGUGAAGCCGGCCAACCAGCGGAACAAUGUGGUGCGAGGCGCCGGCGGCGGUGGGGGAGGGGCGGCGUCGGGGAGCUCGGGCCGCUCUUCGGACAGCGGGGCCAGCUACUACGGCUACGCCUCGCACGGCGGCGCCGCCGCGCCGUCGCACAUCAUCCAGAACUUCCCGGUGGGAGAGCCGGAGAGCGACGAGGACGACGAGGACCUGGUGAUCGAGCUGGGCGGCGAGGCCCCGCCCCUCCGCCGCUCCUCCUCCAGCUACAGCAUGCCGCUGGUGCCGCGCUACGAGCCGCACCUCAACCUCCGCACCUCCGCCUCCUCCUCGUCCUCCUCCGCCCUCGCCGUCCACGCCAACGGCGGCCCGCUGGCCAGCGGCAGCAGCUGCGGCUCGCUCAGCAACGCCGCCGCCGCCGCCACGCCGUCACCCGACGGAGGCGCAGAGCGCCGCGCGCUGGAGGAGGACGGCACCGUCAUCACGCUAUAGGAGACUCUGUACACACACAGACACACACACACACACACACACACACACACACACACACACACACACACACACACACACACACACACACACACACACACACACACACACCGCGGCGGCGCUCCUCACCGUGCCAUAGUGGCGUCCGCCCUCACCGUGGCCCCGGCAGCAUGGCGCCCGGCCCCGUCUCUGAAACCACACAAGCACUUACGCCCCUGUCGCUGCUGCUGUGCCAGCUUUCCUAAUUAGCCCCCCCCCCCCCCGUGAUGACUGGGACACCAGACACACCGGUUCCUUCACGUGGGAGCAAGAUAAUCCCUCUUAGAGUCCAGCUCUCAUCCACAAUCUGGGGCUGUUUUUUACUUCCUGGACCCCCGCCCCCCCCUGCCCCCCCUCCCCCCCAUUGUUCUUAAUCCUUGAAAAAGCCCAUCACAGCGACAUUAGGGAAAUGAGAGGAGUCGAUUCGCUUUGUUUUGCAUUUUAACAAUGAAGUCCUCUUUCCAGAAUAAUCUAGAAACGUGGAAAGAACUUUUUAUAAAGUAGCAGAUUCUCUCCUGGAAGUUUUGACUUUAUGGUCAACUUCUCACCUUUCUGAUGGACGUGACUUUACUGAAACUUUACUCUCCCGCUUCACUCUGCGCGUCAGGACCGUUUUCCACUGGUUAUCACUUCAGGCUCGAUGGCGACUGUUCGUCCUUCAUUCCCAGACACCACUGCACCUGGAUUCUCCUGCUGUGUCAUUACCGCUGCGCUCUGGUCGUUACCACUCUGCCUUGGUUCCCUUGGUUCUCAUGCUGGCUCAGAUGCUCCGGAAUGCCGUCGGCGCCGUUUGUCCUCCUCUCUGUGCUUCACUCUGGUGACGACGGAGGUUGAAAGUCAGAUGCUCCCUUUGACCGUCCAGCCUGUGAUUCAUAAUGGAAUGUCACGGUUCUGGUUCCAGUGGACGGUACAUGUUUGAGUCUGAGCUGGGAAUGGUGGUUCUGGACCCAGUUGCUCUCCUCCUUUCUGUGAUAAGGGCUAUUCCCGGCUGCUCACUGCCCCCCCCCCCCCCUGUUGUCCUCAGUGCUGAAGUGAGACAGUCUGGUGAAAGUGAGGCUCUGUGUCCUGCUCAUCUGCCUGAUUCAGUGCCUUGGCAGGACGUCCUCAGCAGUCCACACACAUUUCAUGACCGGAGCAUGGAGCUAGCGCCAUGCUGCUGUUAGCAUGCUGCAGCUAGCGCCAUGCUGCUAUUAGCACGAUGCAGCUAGCAGAGGUUCUAGAGUGGGACGUCCCGGAUCAUGAGAGCAACGGAGACAUUAGGAUUUGUCUUUCAUUAGUUCAAAUCUCACAUCGUCCUUCUCUGUCCCAGAAAACCCUCAAAUGUUGAAAUGAGACUUUGAGUUCGGUCAAGUUUUUAGAAACUAAAACAGUCAGAAAUCAUUCUGUUAUUCGGCUCUGGGGGAGUUUCGCACCAGAUGAGGUUCUUCAGAUCACUGAACUCGUCUGAAAAGUUUCUGACGUCUUUUCUUCGGGUGGCGUCUCACGAAAUGUUGUGACUUGAUGGAAAAAAGGAAAGUUUCUGAGCACUUUCAAAUAAUACUGCAGAUGUUCAAAUGUUCGGACUUCACUGGUUUCACAUUUCAUUCCAGGUUUUCGUGUGUGUGUGUCUGUGUGUGUCUGUGUGUGUCUGUGUGUGUGUGUGUGUGUGUGUGCCGCUCCCAUCCGUCACUUGUCCUCAGACACGGUGUUCACUUGGCCUUUUGUCGUCUUUCAUUCCCAGAAUUUGACUUUUUUUUUUGUUUCUUUCUAGAAAUCAAUGUUAAUUUAUUUCCUGUAUCUCUGAACGUAUCACUGGACACGGGGAUUGUAACCACAGCUACAUUUUUUUAUUUAUUCUCUAAUCAUGAAUUUGCAUUAUUUUCUCUCUUUGUACACAUUUCAUGGAUUUAUUUUUCAUAAGGAGUAUGUUUUAUCUUGUGUUUGUGUGUGUGUCUGAUCGUUUUGGUGGUAAAUCUCACGGUACGGUCGGCUCUCUUGAUUUCAGCAGCGCUGUAGAAGUCCCGUUAUUUCUCUCUUCAUAAUGUGAAUUAUCUUUACGGGAGUCAGGCAGUUGAAUUCGCACACCUGGAACAUUCAAAAUGUCAGAUCCUCUUUUUAACUGAUUGAGCAGUGAUUUUUUUUUUCCCCUUGCCAGAUAAAUCCUGUGGUAUAGAUUUGUAAUGAAGAUUGUCAGUAUUUUCAUAUCUAAAUAUAAAUAUAUAUAUAUAUGAUGUACAUUUUUAUCACAUUCAAUGAGAAAGUUUUAAGAUUCAACUGGAGAUGUAUGAAGAAAUAGAUGUAUCCCUGUAACUGCUGAUUGGAGGAAAUAAACUAAUUAUGUAGAAA